GCGUCUGUUGUCUUUUGUGUUGUUUUUGAAACGAGGAGCGACGACGUCCUGUUGGAGCGACGACCGCCGGCGAGGCGGAGGCGGCGAACUGCGAUCUAAAGGGGGGCGAGGCGCGACCUGUUGCGAGGUCUGCAACCGACGGGGACGAGCGGUGGUGCAGGAACUACUAGCAGAGAAGGGGGGAAUUUUGAGGAUCUCGCGAUGGUGGAAGACAAAGUCAACGAGGGACAAUCAGGCGGUUGACGACACGCUAAUCGUGCGGCUGCGGUGCGACCGGCCCACUUUCAAGAUUGCACUGGAGUGCCCCGAUUAACUGUCUUCUGUUAUUCGGGCUCAAGUGAGAAAGUCUAAGCAAAACAACAUUUACAGGCGCCAGCUAUUUUCACGCAGGGCCAAUAGACCCGUUGGCGCCAAGCCUAUUCAAGGCGUCCCUCCCCAACCGCACGUCUCUUUUCCCCCCACAUGCCCACCCACCAUCGCCGCCGCCGCGCCACCAUCCUCGCACCCCGCCAGACCGUCGCGCUGCCGCUGGCAGCGCCGACCACCACAUGACACAGCCUCCGCGACGACCCACCGCGACCGCCGAGCCAGUCUUCCUCGGCGCCACAUCCAUCCCAAGUCCAUGGCCCGAGCCGGCCACCGACAUCCCCGUCUUCCGGCACCCGCCUCCCCCGCCGCCGCCGCAGAAGCACCCGCACGGGAAGCACCGGUCCCGCCCCGCCCGCCUCAUGCGUUCGGUGCGCGCCCCGUUCCGUUCGUUCCCAAUUCUCCCGGCACCGUCCUGCCGUGGGAUGCCGUCGCUGCCCCACCUCCCGAGCCUCAACGGUGCCAGCCUCGUCAGGAACCAGUUCCAUGGCUCCACGCGCACCACGGGGACGCUGUACGGCCGCCGGCGGUCGCGCAUCACCAUUGCCUUCCACGACAGCCCGGACAGCCCGCCGGGAUUGCUGCUGGAGAUGUGCGUGCCGACGGCCAAGUUUAUCCAGGACGUCAGCGCGGCCGGCAUGGUGCGCGUCACGCUCGAGUGCGACAAGCUGCAGCAGUACCAGCAUCAGCACGCGGGCGAAGCGUCGCCGGCGCAACGGCGGCUGCUGGACGAGCCGACCUGGUCGGCGGAGGUGAACGGCGAGAGCGUGGGGUACGCGUCUCGGCGGGAGGCAACGGAGGAGGACGAGCGGGUGAUGCGGUUGCUGUACGCCACGUCCAUGGGCGCCGGCGUGCUGCCGGACGACGUGGCCGCGCAUGCCAACGGCGAGCUCACGUACAUGCGCGGGCACUUCGACCGCGUCGUGGGAUCCAAGGACUCUGAGACGUACUACAUGUACAAUCCCGAGGGCACCGCCACCGGGCCGGAGCUCACCAUCUUCUUCGUUAGGAAUUGAUUAGUUAAUCUUAUUCUCCUCCACCCUUAUUUUUCUCUUCGAUUUGUUUUAUCAUCUCCCCCCAGCCUUCUCUGUUUAUGUUACGUAUGUGUGCAUAGAUUGUAGUGACUUAUUAUUAUUUUAGCCUAGAAUGUUUAAAAUAAGAACAAAAUGUAGCAAAAUGUGAAAUUUAACUGCAAAUUGAUAGAA